AUGGUCACAAUUUUCAUGGCGACCAGUAGUAACAGUAACAGUUCUGAAUCAUAUGGUGUGGAAAUAACGGGCACGGGCGUCAUAAAUGAAGUCGUUGAAUUGCAAGGUCGCGGCAGUGUCCAUUUCCAUGUAUACAUUUGUGAGCAUGCAGAAGUAUUCGCAUUGCUACGUCACACAUCAAGUGGAGAAAAAGAGCAAGUGAUAUUCACGAUAGCAGUCAUUCGAACUGUUCUCAACUCGUUCCAGGUGCUCAAAAUUGACUCUGUUCUGCCUGGUUCUGCCACCCUCCUUUUGAACGCACUGAGGGCGAAGCUAAUUGCGGAGGGUGUCCUGGACGAUAGGGCGUAUGUGGUGAUCGCGGGUCCUGCAAACACGUAUGGACACUACAUCACGACGCGCGAGGAGUAUGGCGUGCAGAGAUACGAAGGUGCUAGUACGAUAUUUGGACCUGCUACGCUCGACGCGUACAUCCAUCAGUACAGCGAGCUCGUUCCGUAUCUCGGGGAUAGUGCCAUCGGGAUGCCGUCAUCGAAUGCAGCUCCUCCGGAGCAGACGAGUAAGGCGAUCUCGUUGCAGCUCGAUCUAAAGGUUGCUUCUCUUUUGAAUAUUGAAUAUUAAUAAUGAAUUGUUUAUUAAAUUUGCUCAAAGUUGCACUCACGU